AUGGCAAAGCCCAACACUCACAAGUUCACUGCCAAGCUGGAGGAUAAACACAAUGCCAUGCUGAAGACAGCUGCCAUAAUUUAUCUGGACAUUGUGCCAUUCAGCAAUGUGGUCACACUGCUCCUCAACAGUCCCCAGUCCGCCUUGCAAGAAGAGCUGGCUGCCUGGUCUGUGCCACCUGAGGAGGAUGAGGAAGAGGACGAGGAUGAGAAGGAGUUCAAGGCAUUGUUGUUGGGAUUUUUGAUGUCCAUGGCGAGCCUGGCCAGUCCCUUGGUGAAGGCUGAGAAGGGCAAGGGCAAGGCUAAGGAGAUGAUGCCAGCAAAGUCAGUCAUGCUGCGCCUCAAUGAUGGUGUGGAUAAGAUGCUGCCUGCAAUCAGGGUGCAUGGGAGGCUGACAAAGGAGGAUUCCCGCAAUGUGGGGUGGAUGCCGGAAGAGACACUGCAGUGUAUGUUGUGCUGCAAGCAUGCCAUUGUCAAGGACAGUAAGGAGUGCCACAAGUGUGAUAUUGUGGAGGUGCCCAAGAGGGCAGUGUGCUCAAUGCGCAAGGCAGCAAAAAAGCCUUGCAGUGUGCAUACAGCACAUCUUGCCAAGGCCAUGGCUCUGCCUCCAGCGUCUGUGGAGGAUCUUUUCCUCCCAGAGACCCCUGAGCCCAAGCCUGUUGAAGAAACUGCCAAAAAGCCUGCUGAGAAGAAGAAGCAGAAGCCGGUGUGCAGCUAUGCACCGGUGAAGCCCCAAAAAUGUGAACAGGAGGAUGACAAGGACUCAGUUGGCACAUCGCAAAAGCAGUCCUGCCUUCCAGAGGCUGAGGUUGAGCCGCCAGUUGCACUGCUCCGUAUGGCAGAGCACAAGAUGCUUGAGCUGCGGAAGAGCCUGCACAUGGCUCAAAAAGCAGUGGACGUGGCGCAGAAGGUGAUGGACAUGGUAACAGGUCAGGUGGAUCAAGUCCAGACUCUCCUGGGGAGGGCUCUGGCUGAGUAA